AUCUUAGGUUAAUGGUAAAUGAUUACUGAAAGUGAGGUUAAGAGAGUAAUUUAAAUUUUUUUUAAAAUGUUAACUGUUUAAUAAAAAUAUUAAUUAAUUCGAAAUGUUCCUUAAAAAAUUGUUGCGAUAUGGAUCAGUAUUUUAUAAAUCAAAACAGUGUUCAGUUAAACAUAAUUUUGUUAGAAGUAUUCAAAUUUCGACAGAAAGGUAUGAAGAAAAUAAGAAAGAUACCAAAGCGUUAGUGCAUAAGGAUUCUUUUGAAAAUAUUGAGAAUAAAAAUAAGAAUACAUAUCUAGAAAUGGUUAAAAUAUUUAUUAACAGGGAUCAUGUGUAUCGAAGAGGACAUGUAGAAUUUAUUUAUUCAGCUUUAAAGAAUAUGGAAGAGUUUGGAGUUCACAAAGAUUUAGAAGUAUAUAAAUCCCUAAUUGAUGUGUUACCAAAAGGAAAGUUUGUUCCAACAAAUAUCAUUCAAGCUGAAUUUAUGCAUUAUCCUAAACAGCAGCAAUGUAUAAUAGAUCUUUUGGAGCAAAUGGAAGAUAACGGAGUAAUGCCAGAUAUUGAAAUGGAGCCUCUGCUACUGAAUAUAUUUGGAAACAGAGGCUUCCCAGUUCGAAGAUACUGGAGGAUGAUGUAUUGGAUGCCAAAAUUCAAAAACUUAUCACCCUGGCCUGUACCUGAUCCACUGCCUAAAGAUACAUUUGAUUUAGCAAAAUAUGCAAUUGAGAGAAUAAGUAGUGUAGAUGUGAAUUCUGUAGUGACUGUUUAUCAAAGUGAGGAUAUUCCUGAAUCCAUAGAUAAAACAUGGAUAGUUAGUGCUCAAAGCAAAUCUCAACGAAUGCUGCUUGGUCAACAUAAAUUAAAAGAUCCUAUUUAUGUUGAAGGACCUUUCACAAUAUGGAUAAAAGGAAACCCAAUAAAUUACUUUAUUCUUAGAGGUGAGCCAAAACCAGUAAUAGAAGAAGAUAAAGAUCCAGAUGAUGUCAGCAAUUUGAAAGUGUCUCUUUUCUCUCUCAAACCCCCUGUCGCGAAACAUGUUAAAGUAAUUCCUUCUGUUCAUGAACAAGAAGAUGGUGUGAUAUUUUCAGUGUGUGCUACUGGGACUUCUAGCAAAGAUAGUUUGUUAUCUUGGAUUAGACAUCUUGAAAAAGAUGGUUUUCCUAAUUUGGGCCAAGUGCCUGUAGUUUUUAUGUUAAAAUCCAGUACAAAGGAAAUUAUUAAUCUAGAUAUGGAUAACACUAAAGAGAAAAUAGAAAAAGAAACAGGAAAAAUAGAUGACAAAUGAGGGCAUUGAACAAUUGAAUUUGAGGUGUUAUAUUUGUCAUUUAAGGGCAUUUUAUUGAUCAUUACUCAAAUCUUUAAAAUGUGAUAUUUUAUAAAAGUUCGGAACUGCAAGAACAAAAAUAAACAGAAUUUACAGAGCUUUUUCAGUUUUUUUUUAAUAAUAGCUCUGCAAUCAGUUACGAAAUGCCUUAUUUUAUGUGAUGAGUGAAUCGUUGAGGGACGAGCACAGCGAGAUCACGCAAAAUGGACAAGAUACAUAAGGCAUUUCGUAAUAUUUUUCUAAUUUUAACUAGAUUAUUUAUAAAAUUGUAUUUUGGUACGAUACUACUGACAUCUAUGUAGACAUGGGUAACGCAGCGCUGCGUUGCGUUAUUGCGUUAACGCAGUUGUAUGCGUUACGA